AUGACUGACUGGGAUUUUCUACGCACACAGGUUCGAUACGCUGCCACCGAGAUCCAGCCCGCGAAGUCGGCCCGCGCUCGCGGUGCCUACCUCCGAGUGUCUUUCAAGAACACUCGCGAGACCGCCCAGGCCAUCAACGGCUGGAAGCUUCAGCGCGCUGUUACCUUCCUCGAGAACGUUAAGGAGCACAAGGAGGCCGUCCCCAUGCGACGAUACGCCGGCAGCACUGGUCGCACCGCCCAAGGCAAGCAGUUCGGUGUCUCCAAGGCUCGAUGGCCCAAGAAGUCCGCCGAGUUCCUUCUCGGUCUCCUCAAGAACGCUGAGGCCAACGCUGAUGCCAAGGGCCUCGACACCGGUGCUCUUGUUGUCAAGCACAUCCAGGUCAACCAGGCCCCCAAGCAGCGACGAAGGACAUACCGUGCCCACGGUCGUAUCAACCCUUACAUGUCCAACCCCUGCCACAUCGAGCUCAUCCUGACCGAGGGUGAGGAGGUUGUCCAGAAGUCCGAUGCUGUUGUUGAGCGUGAGCACCUUAACUCGCGCCAGCGUGGUGCCCGUCUCCGCAAGGCUAUCACUGCCGCUUAA